AUGAGUGUACUCAAAGAAAAUGUAAAGAAAUUGAAACCAAUUGAGCGAUUUUGUUCAAUUAUAUUUGAUGAAGUGUGCUUGAAUGGUGGACUGCAAUUUAAUUCGACCACUGAUGUUAUUGAUGGUUUUGUUGAUUCUGGAGAUAAUAAGAGUCAACUGCUUGCUGAUCACGCUCUUGUAUUUAUGGUUCGUGGAAUUAAAAAAAAAUUUAAGCAGCCAGUAUCCUAUACAUUUUGCCAAGGAGCUACCAAACAACAUGAUCUUGUGCAGCAAUUGAGAGAAGUAAUUUGUCAAGUCCAAGCAACUGGUUUAUGUGUAGUUGCCACAAUAUGUGAUCAAGGAUGUGCAAAUGAAGGUGCUAUAAAUAUUUUGAAAAAUGAAACUAAAUCAUAUUAUGUAAAACAUCAAAAAGAUUACCGGGAUGACAUUUAUGAAAUUGAAGUUAAAUCUGACGAUGGUGUAGAACGCAUUCCUAUUGUACAUUUGUUUGAUGUACCCCAUCUUUUAAAAUGUACAAGAAAUAACUUAAUGACCAAAGAUUUAUGCUUCUCUUCUGAUGGGGUCAAACGAAUUGCUAAAUGGGAUCAUUUAAGACAAUUGUAUGAUACUGACAGUCUCAUAGCGGACUGUAAAAUGCUUCCUCGUUUGACUGACAACCAUGUUAUACCGGAAAAGGUACCAAAAAUGAAGGUUCGAAAUGCCACACAAGUGUUCAGUCAGCGGGUAUCUGCAGUUAUGAACUUUCUUGCUUCUAAAAAUAUCAUUGACCCAAAAGCUUCUGACACAGCAGCUGCCUUUUUAUUUUUUGAUAAGCUGUUCGAUUCCUUAAAUGGCUCAUUCGAUAAACAAGUUGACGGCAAAAUAUAUAGAACAUCUGUGAAACAAAAUUCCGUUCAUCAUAAACUUUGGCAAGAUAGUUUGAAAAUAUUAUCAACAAUGCAAUUUGUUGGAAAGAAUGGAAAAGCAGUUAGAGUACCAACACUUAAAAAUUGGUCAACAACAAUAAGAGGUUUUCAAACACUGUCGAAAAUUCUUUGGAAUAAAGGAAUAAAAUCAUUACUCCCAAGACAUCUGAAUCAAGAUUCAUUGGAAUGUUUCUUUGGUGCUAUAAGAAGUGUUGGGUGUUCAAAACCAACUUGCAGUAUAUUCAUUUCAUCGUAUAAAACUUUACUUCUCAACAAUUUGGUGUCCUCGCAUUCUCUGGGAGCAAACUGCGAAGAUUUCAAUGAAGACAGUCUGAUGAGUUAUAAACAUUUAUUUUCAUUUCAACAAGAAGAAUAUCCUAAGCCAACUUCCACAUCAUUUGCCUUCCCAGAAAAACAAGUAGCUGAAUCUACGAAGACUACUGAAGAUUUAAGAGAUUUAACGCAUACCUACAUCGCUGGAUAUAUAAUCAGAAAAUUAAAUAAAUGUGUUUUUAAAAAUUGUAAAACUUGUUUACAACAGCUGUGUAGUGAUAAUGCUCUUGAUGAACAUGCAUUAAUUGAAGCUAGAGAAUAUCAGUCAUCAAGACCAUCUUUGAAGUACCCAGCUACUGCAUUCAAAUAUCUAGUUCAAGACAUAAUUUCGUACACAAGCAAAAUGUUGCCUUCAAUAUGUCAUCACUCACAAUUGAGACAAGCACUAAUCACAGACAUAUUAACUAAGUUCAAUGUUAAUAUUCUUCAUUGUUCUAAACAUGAAACAGAUUUCUGUACAAAAAUAGUUAAGUGUAUUGUAGAGUUAAUUAUUAAUCAUUGGUGUACAGAAGUCAAUAGGAUUUUAACGGGAAAACGCAAGAUACGACUAAAUGAAAAUGACCCUAUAUAUUUAUUUGCAAACACAUGGUAUUUAAAACACUCGAAAAAAAAAAUUGUUCAAGGUAAAUAUAACCUAUUACCAUAA